AUGUCGGCCACUCUUUUGUCCCUCACCCUCCUCGCCACAAGCGCCGUCGUCCGCGCGGACUACUUCUCGACGAACCCCCUCGUCAACAAGGACGUGCCCUAUGACAAGAUCCCUUACCAGGUCAUGACGGACCGCGACGACCCGCGUGGCUUCCAGACCGGCUACAACCAGUGCAACUCGACCACCGAGAACCAGCAGUCGAUGUGCCAGACGAUGUUCGUCAACCAUAUCGACGACUUCUGCCUCUGGGCCCCCGCCGUCGCCGGCCAGACUAUCGCCGAGUCUGAAGGCGAAGAGGUCGCCUGGUGCUCGAAGAAGGGCCACGGAACGCGUCUCAUCCCCAACGGCGCCAUUACCUCCGUCCAGUUUGUCCAAACCAAGUCCUACAUCCAGAUUGCGGGCACCUUCAACCAAGCCAUGCUUGGCAUCGGCGGAACCGACGGCGGUGAGCUCGACUCGGGAGGACAAGACGGCGAGGGCAACCCUAUGGGCGGCCUCGUCUACACCAACUCGUUCCCCGCCGCCAACGGCAACAACGCGACCUUCAUUCAGGCGCGCCACUGGUCCUUCUUCAUUGGCAACAACUACUUCUGCGGCAAGGUCUGCGACCAAACUGGCUCCAACCCGCAAGGUCUCUGCAACAACAUCUACGACCGUCUCGGAUGCGACUACAAUGCCCCCGCCAAUGUCCAGGCCGGCACCUUCGAAGUCUGCAAGGGUGACGACAUGAUGCCCGUUGGCACCUAUGUUGGCGCGGAUGGCGCGACCUCUACUUAUCAUCAGCCCCCCUCGGAGAGCGAUCCCAUCGACUACGCCCAUCUCCCAUACACCCCCACGCCCGCCCCCACGUCAUCUUGCACGCCAUAUGCCUCGGCCGCUAUCUUCACCGACAUCGCCAACGUCGCCGCCGUCGGCAGUGCCUCGGCUGCCCCGACAGGCUCCCCGAGCGGCAGCGGUGCGCCCAGCGGUAGCAAGAGCAACCCGACGGGCUCCGUUAAGCCGGGUAGCCCCACGACCGGCAGCCCAAGCUCUGGUGCUAGCAAGCCUGCCGGCUCUGGCUCAAGCGGCGCCCUGGCGUUUGGCGCCUCCGUCGGUGCCGUCAUGGCUGGGUUCGCUGUUGUCGUUGCCGCGCUGUAA